AUGAAACAGAAUAUUACCGUGGUUGUUAUCGGCCUCGGGCACGGGCGUGGAAUCAGCGACAUUCCACCAAUGUUCCAGAACACGCCUUACUACGUCGCUGCUUGCAUGGAUCUCACCGAGGUAGAUGAAGAAUACCGCUACAGUCCUCAUAACCUUGGUGUCAUCCUGCAUAACCUUCAUCCAAGGCCCCGGGCUCUCCUGAUUGGCAUCGCUGUUGACCCUUCUUACACGCAACCUGUAGAGCGUGUGUGGAACGAGGAUGUGGACAAAGUCUUGAAGCUCGAGAAGAAUGCAUCGAGAGGAUGGACACAUUUCGUCGACCCUCAAAAACCCGAGACCUGGUCAGAAGUCAGGAAGUUCUUCACUGUCAUGUCCAUGAUGUACUGA